CGAGGCGCCAGCGGCGGGAUGGGGCUGCUGGAGCAGUGCGAGGCGGCGUUCGGCGCCGCCGACCUCUAUCAAGUGCUGGGCGUCAGGCGGGAGGCCUCGGGGGAUGAGAUCCGCCGCGGCUACCACAGGGUCUCGCUGCGGGUCCAUCCGGACCGCGCGGCCCCAGACCGCAAGGAGGAGGCGACCCGGCACUUCCAGUUCCUAGGCAAGGUGUAUGCGGUACUGAGUGACCAGGACCAGCGGGCGCUGUAUGACGAGCAGGGGAUUGUAGAUGAGGAGUCAGACGUUCUGAGCCAGGACCGCGACUGGGAGGAAUACUGGAGACUGCUCUUCAAGAAGAUCACCAUAAAAGAUAUUGAAGACUUUGAAAAGAAGUACAAAGGUUCAGAAGAAGAGCUGGCUGAUGUUAAAGCAGCAUAUGAAGAUUUCAAGGGAGACAUAGACAAAAUUAUGGAAUCUGUGCUGUGUGUUGAUUAUACAGAUGAGCCAAGAAUAAGGAAGAUCAUACAACAAGCCAUUGACUCUGGAGAAGUUCCAUCCUACAAAGUCUUUGUAAAAGAGUCUAAGCAAAAAAUGAAUGCAAGGAAAAGGAGGGCUCAAGAAGAAGCUAAAGAGGCAGAAAAGACCAGAGAAGAACUCGGUCUUGGUGAUGGGGAAGAUGACUUGAAAGCUCUAAUUCAAAGCAGAAAUAAAGAUAGAAAAAAAGAAAUAGAUGACUUUCUGGCUCAAAUGGAAACAAAGUAUGGAAACAAUUCCAAAAAAGGAGGAAAGAAAACAGCACCCAAGAAGGCAAAGAAAUAGUUAUCUAUUGACUUUCUAGCCUUUAUGUCAAUCCACAAAUGAACACCUAAGUUCCAGUGAAUCUCUGCAACCUUCCUGACUUCCAAUGUAGAGCACAUGCGCAUCAAUUCAUUGUGGCUGGGAAGAUAUGAUAGCAAGUGAGAUGAAAACAAACUUUUUGGUGACACUAUUUUAAAUCUCCUCCUAAAUUUUAGUUAGGAUUAAAUAGGUUAUUGGAUUACUAUUGAGCUCCAGAUAAGGGUUGUAAAUGUACUAUUUGGGAUCUAUAUGUCUGUCAAAAUUUGAAUUGUGCAAGCACAUCAGAACCCAACUGGUGAGACUGCUGGUGGCAAAACAAUGUAAUUUAACAGGAUUGAUAGUCUUAAAAAUGUUUGUCUAUGUGGCAUGUUACCUGAAUAUCUUAUUUUCUAGUUCUGUUCAUGCUUACCAGUUUCCUCUGUAAUACCCUGUUGCUCUUCUUAUGGUCUUUGCACUUCUGUUCAUCAGGGCAAGAGUUUUUCAAUAUUUGUGGUUUUAUUAAAGAUAUUUUUGAAAGCUAGCUUAAAUAAAAAUGUUUUUGCAAAACCG